AUGAAGUUAUUUAUCAUCCUGUUGAUGAUGAAUAUUUACCUUGCAAAGUCUUCGGAGAACCAAGUUCUUAUCCACGGUCCCGAAACUCCGGUCUACAAGUGCAAAUUUUUAAACGCAAGCGUUAAAGUUGAAACUUUUAAGCAUAAAUUACCGCGUCGUACAGCAAUUUACUCCUCUUACAACGGUGAGAAGAAAUCUCUGGAGCGUGCAGUGAUAAUAAUUGAAAAUAUCAAUUCUAAUUACCAAGAGGUCAAUUCUAACUCAAGAGUUGAAGCGCAGCUCGCUGGAGUCGUCUUAAUUACCGAUCCGGAUGUAUACUCACCUCCGAAGACUUUGAUGCCACCGGAGGAAGGUACGGGGUCGAUAGUCAGAUCAGAGUUUUAUAACCCGAAAACAGCCUCUUUGAUCAAUCGCACGCUGCCUCCCUGGGAGAAUUAUACUUUGGCUGACAAGGAAUUGGAGAGGUUCAAUGAUUGGUGGAAGAUUCAUAGCCAGCUCCUCGGAGUGACUGCGGAAAAUGAUAGUAAAAAUUCUCAUUGGUACACUUGGCAUGUAACUCAAAAUUAUUUUGACAAAAUAUUACUCUGGAGGAAUCACACUGCUGGAAUUGUCGAGGAUAAUGACCAGCGUGAGAGAUACACUUGUCUAAGAUGGCGCAGACGUAAGGAAGAUUACGAUGAUGAUUUAUAUUAA